AACAAGAGAAAGAGAAUAAUAAGAAAUCAGAAGAGCAAAAGCGUAAUGAUCAGCAAAGGGCUACACAAGAGCAGCAGCAUUUACAACCACCACCUAAACAGCAUCUACUCCCCAGAAGAGGAUUGAAAGGCUCUGUUGGACCAUACCCUUUUCCAUCUCAGCAUGGUAAUCUACGCAUGCCAGGUCCACAACAAAACCAGCAAAGGCAAAGAUUUAACAGACCAAGAGUACCACCAGGCCAGCAUCUAGGUGGGCCCCAUCUACACCAUAAUCAAAUUCGCUUUCGUAGGGGGUCAGGGCACAUGGACAGACCACACCAUCAGGAACAACAUAUGAAUCAGUCCCGUGACAACAUGGGAUAUCAAAUGAGAUCACCCCCUGCAGCAUUUAAUGAACCUCCACCUCAUGAUACCGAUUCUGGUUAUUCACAUGAUGGUCAUCGACAGCAGCACUUUGGUCAUCAACAUCAACCAGGCCACCACUUUCAUCAAGCUCCACCACAAGAUAUACCACCUCACCAGCAAGGGCCUCCACCACAGCGUCACCUUCCACCACCCCAUCAACCACCACCACUUCAUAGUCAACCCCCUCCCAACACCCAACAUCCACCACCACUUCAUAGCCAUCCUCCACCAUCUCAGCACCAUCACCCACAGCACCACCACCAUAUUGACACACACCAUCAUCAUGCACCACCACCGCCACAGCACCCUUCUGUUCAACACCAUUCUAAUGUAGUGCCACCUAAUGUUCCUUCUUCACAACAACAUGGACCCCCACCCAUUAUUCAGAACACAGUAAGGCCUUCACACCCUGCUUCCCAUAACACACACGUACCUCCUCCAGAGUUUCAUCAUAGGCCAUCAGUCACUCAUCACCGUGACCCAUACCCACCCCAACCUGACACAUUUCCUCCAAGGGGUCCACCACCUGUUCAUUCCCAUCAUGAAGAAAGUGGUAAUCGUGAAUAUAAUACUGAACGUCACUAUAAUGAACCUCCUCCAUCUUGGGAUAGUCAUUCACAAUCUUAUGAUGAUUAUGGUGAAGGAUGCAAUGAAUCAUAUGAUGAUGAUUAUAACCAAAAGGGACAAUACCAAGACGAACAAGGGUACCAGGAUCAGUAUGGCUAUGAGCAGCCAUACAUUGAACCUACAGAACGAUUUGAAAGUAAUUAUCAAAAACAUCAGCAACCUGGGGAUCAAUAUCAGCAGGAACAGUAUUCUGAAGAUAGUUAUCAAGGAGAUUAUCAGCAACAACAGGAAGAUCAUUAUGGUGGUGUUGGAAGAAAUCGAGAUGUCAGAAGUAGACUAGGAGGACGUCUCUCUUUAAACCAAAAUCCUCAUCAUCUUCAGGUUAAAGUAGUGCAAACAUCUCCACGAGAGCAGACACCUCCUGGCACCCAGAGCCAGGUUGGACAAAAGAUCCAAACAGUUCAAAGACAGCCAGCAACUAUAACUCGCAAAUAUCGAAAAAUCAUACGAAAAAACUUGAAAGGAGAAAUAGUGUUUGUAAAAAAGAUACCUGUUGAUGAAGAAGGCAAUCAAAUCGGACCACCAAUAGUCGAAUAUGAAGCAAAUAAGUCGGCUGUAGAUGGAGCAGAUAACACACCUUUAGUGAACCAACAGCAACAACGUGUACCUGUAGUCAAGACUUUAAGACAAAUAGUGAGGAAGGUGCCCAUUUCUCGACAACAACAGCAGCAACAGUCUCAGCCCCAGAUUAAAUUGCGGGAGAUUCCACAAAUUGAUCAGACUACACAGCAGCAACAACAACAACAGCAACAACAAGUUAAAGUUGUAAAGAGGACAAUUGUGUCUUCAGGAGAUAUGUCAUCACAGUCAAAUUCAACAGGUCGGCGCAUAGUGACAGCGGGUACUCCACAAACAAGCAGUGGUGGAGUUGUGCAUCGUCCCAGUGGUGGGACAGUGGUCCCCGCGUCCAGGCCAUCUGAUAUCCAGGACUAUGAACAUUACCUUCACAAGUGGGUGGAAAGAAGAAACCGUGAGCAGGGCGACCUGUCUAGACCACAACUAAGGCAUCAAGCACGUGUUUAUUAUGCUGCAGUUACACAAAAGAAACGCGUUAACUCUCCACCACCGUUCAAUGCUUCUGUUGGUUGGUUGGCUGCCUUUAAGAUGCAUUAUGAAGUCAAGUUUGCCCACUACCAUGGGGAGAGUGCAUCGGUUGAUGUCAUAGCAUCAGAAAAAUAUCUACCUGUCUUUCAUGCUCUUGUGAAAGAGGGUGGUUAUUGCCAAAACCAGAUCUUCAAUUGUGACGAUACUGGCAUUUUCUUGAAGCGCUCACCUAAGACCACUUUCAUUGCCAAGGAUAAAAAACAGGCAAGGGGUGUAAAGACUUCAAAGGGCAGGAUUACAGUUUUGUUCACAGCUAAUGCAAGUGGAGAUUUCUUGAUGAAACCCCUGGUUGUUAACCGUGCUGCCCAUCUUAGAGCCUGCCGUCAUGCCAAUAUGUCGCAGUUCAAUGUUUAUUGGACGUCUAAUAAGAAAGCUUGGGUUACAACGUCUUUAUUAUGCACCGAUUGGUUUCACAAGCACUUUGUUCCUGAUGCCAAACAGGACUGCCGGAGGAAGAACAUUGACUUCAAAGUGAUCCUGGUGAUGGAUAAUGCUCCUGGACACUCUUAA